GAUCUGUAAAAUAUGCUAAAGUAAUGUAUUUAUUCUAUGUACGUAUAUUAUAAAUAUACAUAUAGGCUCAUUGUGAAAGAACAUAUAUAGUUUAGUUAAACAUCAUCAAGCAAGAAUGAUAGGAUGGGAAGAUGUGUGGAAGGUGGUUGAGGCGAUGGCGCCGCUAUACGCAGCCCUAAUGUUGGGAUACGGGUCGGUGAAAUGGUGGCGAAUAUUGCGGGUGGAGCAGUGCGAGGCCAUCAACCUGCUAGCGUACUACUUCACGUAUCCCAUGUUUGUGUUCGAGUUCACCGCCCACGCAGACCCUUUCACCAUGAACUAUACAUUCAUGGCCGCGGAUGCGAUUUCGAAGGUGAUAAUAGUGGCGGUGCUGGCGUGCUGGGCCAAGUGGUGCAGCAAAGGGAACUACUGUUGGUCCAUAACCAGCUUCUCUCUCACCACUCUCACAAACUCACUUGUGGUUGGGGUUCCCUUUCUCAAGGCCAUGUACGGACAGAUGGGUGUGGACCUAGUCGUCCAAUCCUCUGUGUUUCAGGCGCUUGUUUGGCUCACCAUCCUCUUGUUCAUCUUGGAACUCAAGCACACCAGGGAUAUCGAUCUGCACCGCCCUUCUCCCACACAAAUUGAUCAUGAUUUGGAAAACCUACCCACCACUGAUGCACUUCAAAAGGAGAUUAUCAAUCGCAAUACACCGCCACCACUAUCUCUGCGGAAGUUGAUCAAAGAGGUCUCCAUCAAAAUUUCCAAGAAUCCCAACUCCUAUGCUUGUAUGCUUGGUGUUACAUGGGCCUUUAUAUCUAACAGAUGGCAUUUUAGCAUGCCGAGCAUCGUGGAAGGAUCCAUUCUGAUCAUGUCUAGAGCUGGUACUGGCACGGCCAUGUUCAGCAUGGGGUUGUUCAUGGCAUCUCAAGAUAAAGUGUUAGCAUGUGGAGCAAAUCUAACAAUAUUUGGAAUGGCGCUAAAGUUCAUUGCCGGUCCUCUGGCCAUGGCUCUAGCUUCCUUUGCUGUUGGUUUGCAUGGACAAGUCUUGCGUGUCGCUAUCAUCCAAGCAGCACUUCCACAAUCCAUCACCUCCUUCAUCUUUGCCAAAGAAUAUGGAUUACAUGCAAACGUUCUCAGCACUGCGGUUAUCUUCGGCAUGAUUGUAUCUCUACCGGUGUUAAUUGGUUAUUAUGCAGCUCUGGAAUUUGUACAUUGAUGAUGGCGGCCGAGAAGCAUGACAUAUAUAUCUGAGUGACCGACCAAUAAAUUAAUGAAAUUAAUGUGCCUUAUUUAGUCGCACGUAUAUUUAUUUAAACACACAGAUUAAAUAAAUGCAAUGGUCACAAGCAGACAUACUUUUCCAAAUGUACAAUUAUAGAUUAAAUAAAUGUUAUGGUCACAAGCAGACAAACUUUUCUUAGUCCAAA